UGAUAACUUCAGAGAAGUUCCGUAUUCACCUCUCCACAUGUAAAUAUCAUUCAAAAUGUCAACUUCUCUCAACACUAGACUACUUCAAAGACUGCUUAGACGGAACUUGGGUGUUUCAACAUGUGUAUGCAAGAAAGAUUCGACAAGAUACUUGGCAACAUCAAAACAUGUUUGUUCCAGUGACAUUGACAAACCGUCGCCGAGCAAAAAUCCAGGCACCCUUCGAGACAGGUUGAUCGACAACCCCCUUCCCUUCAAGUCUUUCCUUACCGGAGCAGCCCACAACGAUUAUGUGUCAACUUACACUGAAGAAGUCCCUUAUGCUCCUAUACAAAUACACGAGAAAGCAAGAAAAGUGUACUUUGAAACCUAUGGUUGCCAGAUGAAUGUGAAUGAUACAGAAAUAGCAAUGGCCAUCCUGGAGAAAAAUGGAUUUGAAAUGACCACAAAUGUGCAGGCAGCCGAUGUCCUGUUCAUGAUGACCUGUUCUAUAAGAGAGGGUGCAGAACAGAAGAUCUGGAAACGUCUUGAAUACUACAAGUCACUGAAAAAAAAACGAUCUUCCAUGAAAAUCGGAAUAUUAGGGUGUAUGGCUGAGAAUCUGAAGAAGAAGAUCAUAGAGAAAGACAAACUGGUGGAUAUCGUGUGCGGUCCUGAUGCUUACAAAGACCUCCCUCGUCUACUGGACGUCACAUCCACGGGCCAAGCAGCUGUAAAUGUGAUGCUGUCGUUUGACGAGACAUAUGCUGAUGUGAUGCCAGUCAGAGUAAAUAAAGAUUCACCUUCUGCUUUUGUGUCUAUCAUGCGCGGCUGUGAUAACAUGUGUACCUACUGUAUUGUGCCGUUCACUCGAGGCAGGGAAAGGAGUCGUCCCAUAGCAUCUAUAGUGGAAGAGAUUCAAACCUUGUCGGAUCAGGGGUUAAAAGAAAUCACACUCCUUGGACAGAAUGUUAAUAGCUAUUUGGACAAGUCAGAGUCUAAGUUUUAUGGAGGAUUAAGUGCUGAUGCUCAUACGAAAAACAGUUCAGGAUUUAAGACAGUUUACAAACCAAAGGUUGGAGGUCGACGAUUCAGUGACCUGUUGGACGCCGUUUCUAGAGUGGACCCCAGUAUAAGGAUUCGAUUCACCUCACCACAUCCUAAAGACUUUCCAGACGAGGUGCUGUAUCUGAUAAGAGAUCGGGCGAACGUCUGUAAUCAUAUCCACCUACCAGCCCAGAGUGGCAGUACUUCCGUACUCCAGGCCAUGCGACGAGGCUACACCCGCGAGUCCUACCUGGAACUUGUACAUCACAUCUGGGACAUCAUACCAGAUGUCUCGCUGUCCAGUGACUUUAUUGCGGGAUUCUGUGGUGAAACUGAGGCCGACCAUGUGGACACAUUGUCGCUGAUGGAAAUCGUACAUUACAACUUUGCGUACAUGUUUCCGUACAGCAUGAGAAAUAAAACACAUGCUCACCACAAGUUAAAAGACGAUGUUCCCGAUGAUGUCAAGAAACGCCGCCAUCUAGAGAUCGCUAAAACCUUCAGGAAGGGAGCUCUUAUGCGGAACCAAGCGCAGAUCGGACAGAAACAACUUGUUUUGGUGGAAUCUGUAAGUAAAAGAUCUACAGAUGACAUGGCGGGCAGGAAUGACGGCAAUACGAAAGUUAUCCUGGUCGGCUCCGGAACAACAGCUGUUAAUGGUUUAAACCUUAAACCUGGAGACUACGUAGUUGCUGAGAUUGCUUCCUGUUCAUCUCAGGUUUUACAUGGGCUACCAUUAUACACCUGUUCAAUUCAAGACUUUUACAGAUCUGAACACAGUUGUCAGGGCAACAACAACCAACAACAUACUGCUGUUGCCAGUUAGAUCUGAUGAAAGUGUUAUUUUUUUUGUGAUUCAUAUAUUCUACAUCAGUUGUUUUAUAAUUUUUGAGACAAUUAAAUGUGUUUUUAUUUUACAUUUAACUCAAUAAAUAAGUAAGUUGGCUGUG